GCAGCCAAUCGGCGGCGGGGGGGGUGGGCCCGGGCGCGACGGAGGACUGAGCGGGGAGCGGACGGCGGGCCGGUGAUGGUCGCUGGGCAGCGAGCGGCGGCGAUGGCGACCGUGAUGGCAGCGACGGCGGCGGAGCGGGCGGUGCUGGAGGAGGAGUUUCGCUGGCUAUUGCAUGACGAGGUGCACGCCGUGCUGAGGCAGCUGCAGGACAUCCUCAAGGAGGCCUCUCUCCGCUUCACUCUGCCGGGCUCAGGCACCGAGGGGCCCACAAAGCAGGAGAACUUCAUCCUGGGCAGCUGUGGCACAGACCAGGUGAAGGGCGUGCUGACUCUGCAAGGGGAUGCACUGAGCCAGGCGGACGUGAACCUGAAGAUGCCCAGGAACAACCAGCUGCUGCACUUUGCCUUCAGGGAGGACAAGCAGUGGAAGCUGCAGCAGAUCCAGGACGCCAGGAACCACGUGAGCCAAGCCAUUUACCUCCUUGCCAACCGGGACGAGAGCUACCAGUUCAGGACAGGAGCAGAGGUCCUCAAGCUGAUGGAUGCCGUGAUGCUGCAGCUGACCAGAGCCCGAAACCGGCUCACCACUCCAGCCACCCUCACUCUGCCUGAGAUCGCUGCCAGCGGGCUUACGCGGAUGUUCGCCCCUGCCCUGCCUUCUGACCUGCUGGUCAACGUCUACAUCAACCUCAACAAGCUCUGCCUCACCGUGUACCAGCUGCAUGCCCUGCAGCCCAAUUCCACCAAGAACUUCCGCCCAGCCGGAGGUGCCGUGCUUCACAGCCCUGGGGCCAUGUUCGAGUGGGGUGCACAGCGUCUGGAGGUGAGCCACGUGCACAAGGUGGAGUGUGUGAUCCCGUGGCUGAACGACGCCCUCGUCUUCUUCACCGUCUCCCUGCAGCUCUGCCAGCAGCUCAAGGAUAAGAUCUCCGUGUUCUCCAGCUACUGGAGCUACAGGCCUUUCUGAACAGAGCACCCAAGAGCCUGUCUCCCUCGGAAUGGCCCCUGCCCAAGGAGUCCCUGUUCCCCCACCCCACACACACACACACACACACACACACACCUACACACACAAAGUGCCGGCCAGAGCUCGGCACUGCGGCCUAUUUAUUUCCCUCUUCACCCUGCCCUGCCUGUCAACACUGGACACGCUGGGAAGAAGGAACACUGGCGUGCUUUUUGUUUUGAAUGGGGGAGGUCAGGAAGGCGGGGCUUCGAGGUAGCCUAUAGUCCAAGCCCUGCCUUCCCCCCAAGGCAGGAACCUUUGGACUCUGGCUGGGGCCAGGCCCAGGGCUCUCCUUCCUCCCCUCUUCGCAGCCUGUCGAGCUCCUCCAGGAUGGCAAGGGGCAGCCACACACCCCCUCCCACUGGAGCCUGAGGGGUGGGUGGUGGCCCUAAGCUCUGAGUUGGGAGGGAAGGACAGAAGCUACCCACCACGAGCUGCAGUGCCCUUGACUGUGUUCGCUGGGCAACCCUGACGGGGCCUUCAAGAAAUAAAAAUCAUCCGACUUUGCCUGGA